AUGCGCAGGCCGAGUCGAAAUGUGGGCAACGGUGCGGAACCGAUCGAAAUGUAUUUGCGGCGACAAGGUUACACAGCCUUACGCAAAAUCGGAAAGGGAUCCUUCGGAGCCGUCUAUCUCUGUCAGCCUAACAGCAGCGUCAGCGUUGGUAACAAUAAGGCGUCGUCUCCGGGUGACAAUCAUGGUGCCGGAGGGCAGAAGCAAGGGGAAACUGAGCAGGGACAGCAACUGGUCUGUAAAAUGAUCGACGUGAGCUCCAUGACCUCAAAAGAAAGACAACAGGUCAUGGAAGAAGGUACUCAUUGCUCUCACUUGUACGACUUGCUCUCUACUAAAUCGGAUUAAUUCUUGACCUUCCUUGUGCUGACAAAUUGAUUUUGAUUUCUCUCUCGUCUCAGAUAUUCAAACUGAAGUGACUGCAUCAUGCUUUAGUACGUAUCGGUGAUGUGCAUGCACCUACAUCAAAGCCAAGCGGCACCUGGACGUCCUCACGGGCACAAUACUUAAUUACCAUGCACCAGCACGACUGCUUUCGACUUUGUCGCAUCCUUACAUUAUCAAGUAUCACGGUUCUGUCAUUUCGCAUGGGUGGUUUCUUCUUGCGAUGGAUUUCUGUCCUAGAGGCGACCUCGGCCGCUACAUCAGGAAGCAAAACGAGAGACGCAGAAAAUUCCCUGAACGGCAGAUCAUAUCGUGGCUGACGCAGAUACUGCUAGCACUGCGAUACUUGCAUGGGAAGCACAUAGUGCACAGAGACGUCAAGAGCUCCAACUUCUUCCUCACAGACCACAUGACGCUCAAAAUGGGUGACUUCGGAGGUAUUGUCUAUCUAACACGGAAAUCCGUAAAAGAAUCAAUUAAUAUGCCGAUUAAAUAGAUUUCAGUUUCACCUGGUCGUGCGCAGAUUUCCUACCAACUCACGUGGAUCUACUACUCCAACUCAGAGUAAUAUGAUCUUCAGAAAAUUCUCUGUGAUCUUCAACAACAGUGUCAAAGUGCUUACAUUCGACGCUGGGGCAUGCGAAAACACAAAUAGGGACACCAUACUACAUUCCACCGGAAAUUUGUGGCGGCAGAGAAUAUUCUUUCAACGCCGAUGUAUGGUCAUUGGGCUGUCUGGCGUACGAGCUCAUGGUGCUCAAGGUAAAAAUGCGCUUUCUACUUCUAGCUGGGACUAUUGCUGUGAUGCACUAACAAACACAUUCAUCUUCUAGUUUUUCUGCAUCUACCGCUAAUUACAAUGAUCUGCUUUUGCAUCUUCAAGCAUCCAAUUGUCACAUGCCGCAACUGUAAAAGCCACCACUGUUAGAAGGUGCCCUUCGACGCGCCAGACGUACAUGCUUUGUGUCGCAAGAUUCAAGAGCAUCCGGUCCCAGCGUUGCCAGCGUUCUAUUCGACAUCGCUUCGAAGCAUCGUGCAACUCAUGUUCUCCAAGGAUCCCCGACAACGACCCGGAAGUGAGGAGCUGGUAAGAAGGUUGAGACAUUUGAAAAAGAGAAAGUUAAAGUUGUAACAGCAUGAUCAUUUGUGGCGUGAAAUCCGAAAAAAACCUGACGAAAAUCAAUGAAAUUAGGAGGAUCAGGAAGUCUAGGGCUAUGUUGGAGCAAGAGUCCCAUUAUCCACAAUUCAACGACAACAGUUGUUUCGGCCUCUUUUUGCGACGGAAGCCCAACAGCUAGAGCUUGGUCGGGGAUGUGCUAUCGACGAUGGUGAACAAAGGGGGAAUGCCCAAUCAUCUGCCGACAAGGAGAAUGCGCCGCCACAAUUCUAUCGAAGAGGACAGGCACUCAACUAGUAAAUUCAUGUUUAUCCUAAGGACACCCACACUCUUACUAUUCAUGAAGAAUAAGAUAUGAAAGGCGGCAUCUUUUCGAUGUCAGUUAUCGUCACAAGCAAAACAAAGAAAGUCUAAUCUUCUUGUUCUUCAUGUUUCAAUGUCCCAUUAUGAUUAUGACGCUCUUAAUUGCUGACUCUUUCAGAUGGUCGAAUACUGGAGCGAAACUCACCAGCAGUGGAUACGCACGAAGGUGAUUGAUUUAGAGCUAGGAAGCGGUGAUAUUCAAAUCGACGCAAAGCCUGGUGUUUGGUUGAAGCAUGCUGUACGAAUUUCGAGGAUCCGUACUGCUGGAGCUUCUUCUUCUCCUGGAACUGGAGCAAAAGAUCAGAAUCCCGGAACUGGAGCAAAUGACAACAACAAGAAUCCAGCUAAUGUCAAUCAUGUAGUAAAUAAAGAUGCAGUUUCAGCUCGAGGAGGUGAUCGAGACUCCUCUGCUCGUGCAAGUAAUAUCAAGGAGAACAAUGCCAAGGACGAUCAAUCAGAUCCUGUCGUUGUCACCCCACGUCUUGGCGCGGAUCAGGCUGGAGGAGGGACCGCUUCGGCAGAACAUGACAAGAGUAUGAAGGAGGGGUCCUCCGGAGUAGCUACAGGAGGUGCAGCAGGAUUACAAGUCCAACUAGAGGGUGAGAACCUUGAGCGGUACAACCGCUUGAGAAAUGGUGGCAGCAGUAGUUCAAGCAAUUCGAAUGUUGCGAGAAACAGCGUCAACAGUGGUGCCAGUAAACAAGAUAACGUAAAAAUCAAGAAUGAUAUCGAUCAGAGCCAGAAGGGAGAACUUCAAAAUCCUUCAUCUAUCAUAAGCAAACCAGGAAUGAACGCGCAUAAGAUGAACCAGAAAAUGGGCGCUGAAGAUGAAGGCGGCAAUCAAGGUGGAGUAGCAGGACUUCAGAGAGCUGGCGGCGUGGACCACUAUAUCCCCGGACGCCCGUCACCCCGACGACCCCUCGGAAGGAGGCAAGACGCUGCAGCAGGCGCGAAGAAUAUCAAGAGCGCCGCGAACCUAAAGAAUAACGCGGUAGUCCAUUCUGUCCCGUCCUACCACGUUGCUGCAUCAAAUCACGCUGCGGCGCUCUACUAUCGCAGACAAAACACUCCGAGAGUGUUCACCCCAAGGAUCUUCUAGCAAAAAUGCAAUCUUGAUGUAAAAAACGCAUUCGUAGUUCAAUCUUUCAUCGUCACAAAUUGAAUGUGCACGUAGUUAUACUCAGGAGAUAUGUCGUCGUAUCUUCUGGGAUGCAGUGUAACAACAAAAUGUAAAUCGACUGAAAUAAACUACUUUAAGUCCUUUUUGUCUUCGUACUUCUAGCAAGUACAACAGGUAUCGCCCUACGCCUCUGCAUUUAAUGUAACUAUGAUAGAUUUCCUGAGUGCUGAAGUGCUCUAUUUUAGUAGGAAUUCUGAAUCUUAAUCAUGCGCUAUUUUCCUUUUUGUUACAACUUGCUCGUUGUAGUCAGUCUGCCGUUAUAUGUUUUGUGAACUUUUUUUCUGUCUAUGCUUGCAUAUAGCUACAACUCAUGUGAACGCUUGACCAGGUGUCUUGUUACCUCUUGCAACAAUAAGGAUAUGAAAAUGCACAGGUAGUAAUUGAGAUUUCUAAACAAAGUGAUACAUGAUUUGAAAUGUACUACCACUUCCAGGGCCGAAUGUACUCGCUAGUGGACGUACAAGUGUGCGCCUUGAUAAAUAUGUGGGCGCCAAAAACUGAAUGUACUAGUGGUGGGUCAUUUAGAGUAGAGCAUAGUAUGCUUUGGAGAAUGGUAUCGCCAUCACAAUUGCACAAGAAGACUGUGGGAUAUUGCUGAUGUUAGGAUUUCACUUCAACAAGGGCAAGGGGAACGAUAUGAAUUUAGUUGGUGAUUGUAGCCAGUCUGUACAGACAGUUAUGUCAGAUUGUGAUCGCAUUGGUUGACGUUGUAACAAAUUUGGUGGUACUCGACGUAGGUAGCGUGCGUCAGCGUCAUCCAAUGAAGUUCAAUAAAGAGAUUGCAACUCUGGCUACCAGAACCAGAUUGAAAAUCAC